AUGUUGAUGAAACCACAGCUAACUCAAACCCGAACCCCCUUCCUGUUGCUCAAGCCCCCCAUCUAUGCCGGCAAUCAUGGCAAUGCUUCAGCACUACUACUUCCAAUCUCAAGGCACAAAAAGAACAAUAGUGUUCGAGCCCGCUUCAUCCCCAGCAGCAUAAAAGCUGUAGCAAGUACUGCUACUGAUGAUGAUCAGAAGCCCACUUCUGUUAAAGCCAUUGUAACCGUGAAACUUAGUGUUGGUGGCUUCCUCUCAAACCUUGGGAUAGCCAGAGGCCUAGAUGAUAUAAAAGAUUUACUUGGUAAAACACUCCUAUUGGAGCUUGUUAGCACCCACCUUGAUCCUAGGACGGGAUUAGAGAAGGAGACAAUUAAAGGGUAUGCACACAAGACGAGCCAAGAGGAGGAGGAAGUGAAAUACGAGUCAAGUUUUGAAGUUCCAGCAGAUUUCGGGGAGGUUGGGGCCAUUUUAGUAGAGAAUGAGCACCACAAGGAGAUGUUCCUCAAGGAUAUUAUCCUCACUGGCUUCUCUAAUGGCCCUGUUCAUAUCAACUCUAAUUCAUGGGUUCAUUCAAAGCAUGACAAUCCCCAGAAGAGGGUCUUCUUUGCAAACAAGUCAUACUUACCAUCCCAGACACCAGAUGGGCUGAGGAGGCUAAGAGAAGAAGAGCUUGUGAUUUUGCGAGGCAACGGCAAAGGAGAACGCAAGAGCUUUGAAAGGGUGUAUGAUUAUGAUGUGUACAACGAUCUUGGAGAUCCUGAUAGCAGUGCAAAUCUUAAAAGAUUAGUACUUGGCGGCAAACAACACCCUUAUCCCCGACGUUGCAGGACUGGACGCCAGCGCACUGAAAAAGAUCCAUUGUCGGAGAAAAGAAGCAGCAGCGUGUAUGUUCCUCGGGAUGAGUGCUUCGCGGAAGUAAAACAGCUAACAUUCUCAGCCAACUCAGUAUACUCAGUGUUGCAUGCGGUGGUACCAUCCAUAGAGACGGCAAUCAUCGACGCUGACCUUGGAUUUCCCUACUUCACCGCCAUCGAUUCGCUUUUCAACGAGGGGCUUAACUUGCCUCCCCUCAAAAACCAAAACAAAGAAUUCCUCCGCACCCUCCUGCCCAGGAUUCUCAAGGCCAUCACUGAUUCUGAAGAAAAUAUGUUGCGCUUUGAGACCCCUGAGACAAUGGAUAGAGACAAGUUCUUUUGGUUUAGGGAUGCCGAAUUUUGUAGGCAGACUCUUGCUGGUCUCAACCCCUGCAGCAUUCAGUUGGUUACGGAAUGGCCGUUGAAGAGUAAACUCGACCCAAAGAUUUAUGGCCCCCCAGAAUCAGCAAUCACUACAGAAAUGAUUGAGCGAGAUAUCAGAGGUUUUAUGACGGUCAAGGAGGCCAUAAAUCAGAAGAAGUUAUUCAUUCUAGAUUACCAUGACCUAUUAUUACCAUAUGUGAGCAAAGUAAGAGAGGUUAAAGGGACAACUUUGUAUGGAUCACGGACGCUGUUCUUCCUAACCCCAGAUGGCACCUUAAGGCCAUUGGCCAUUGAGCUGACUCGGCCACCAAUGGAUGGAAAGCCACAGUGGAAAGAGGUUCACGUGCCUAGUUGGGAUGCUACAAGUAUCUGGCUAUGGAGGCUUGCCAAAGUUCAUGUUCUUGCCCAUGACUCUGGUUAUCACCAACUUGUUAGUCAUUGGCUAAGAACUCAUUGUGCUACAGAACCUUACAUAAUCGCAACAAACAGGCAACUCAGUGUGGUCCACCCGAUCUAUAGACUAUUGCACCCUCAUUUCCGGUACACUAUGGAGAUUAACGCUCUUGCUCGAGAAGCACUUAUUAAUGCAGGAGGGAUCAUUGAGACCUCAUUCGCACCUGCCAAAUACUCCGGGGAGUUGAGCUCCGCUGCUUAUGACCAGCAGUGGCAGUUCAACUUGCAGGCAUUACCAGCUGACUUAAUUAACAGGGGAAUGGCUGUUGAAGAUCCAAGUGCUCCACAUGGCUUAAAGCUCACAAUUGAGGAUUACCCUUUUGCCAAUGACGGUCUCCUCCUUUGGGACGCAAUCAAAGAAUGGGUGAGUGACUAUGUGAACCACUAUUACCCGAACCCAAGCCUUAUAGAGUCUGAUCAAGAGCUACAACAAUGGUGGACUGAAAUCCGAACAUUAGGCCACGCUGACAAAAAGGACGAACCAUGGUGGCCAGUUCUAAAGACCCCAAAAGACCUCAUCCAAAUCAUCACAACCAUUGUAUGGGUUACAUCUGGCCACCAUGCUGCCGUCAACUUCGGACAAUACACUUACGCAGGUUAUUUUCCCAACCGACCGACCGUCGCCAGAACAAAUAUGCCCACUGAAGACCCUUCUGAAGAAUUUUGGAAAAACUUUUUGAAAAAGCCCGAAGGCGCACUCUUACAAUGCUUCCCUUCACAAAUUCAAGCGACAAGAGUGAUGGCUGUUUUGGACAUCCUAUCAAAUCAUUCUCCUGACGAGGAGUAUUUAGGAGACACAAUAGAGCCGGCGUGGGCCGAAGACCCGAUCAUUAAGGCGGCCUUUGAACGGUUUAACGGGAGGUUGACGGAGAUUGAAGGGACUGUCGAUGAGAGGAAUGCUAACAGGAACUUGAAGAAUAGGAGCGGAGCUGGGGUUGUGCCAUAUGAGCUUUUGAAGCCAUUCUCCAAGCCUGGAGUGACUGGAAAGGGAGUUCCCUAUAGCAUUUCCAUUUAAAAAAAUCUAUUCUCAUUUUGAUUCCACGAAUAAUUAUAACAAUAACCUCAAGUUAUGACAUUUUAUUUUGCUAUUGCUU